AUGUCUCGAGAGGAAAAUGGCAAAAAAUCCUGUAAUGAAAGAGAGCAUUAUUCAAAAAUUGGAGACUACCAAAAGAAGGGCUAUUGCCAUCGUGCCACACCAGAAGAAUUGAAAUCGUUUGAUCCCCGACGCACGUGGUACCUACCGCUAGGAGCGGUAACUAAUCCCAAAAAACCAGAAAAGAUACGGUUGAUCUGGGACGCCGCUGCAAAAGUUGAUGGAAUAUCACUUAAUUCGAUGCUGCUUAAGGGGCCAGAUCAACUGAAUGCUCUGCCAAAUGUACUUUUCCGUUUCCGGCAAUAUCCUGUGGCCGUGUGCGCAGAUAUAAAGGAAAUGUUCCACCAAAUACGCGUUCGAAAGGAGGAUCAGUGUUCUCAGCUUUUCCUAUGGCGGGACAAUCCGGAACAAUGUCCCGAAACAUUUGUGAUGGACGUUGCAACAUUCGGGUCCACGAGCUCUCCAGCAACAGCCCAGUUUGUGAAGAACACCAACGCUCAAAGGUUUUUAGCCGAAUAUCCAGUUGCUGUUGAUAACAUCGUUUCUGGGCACUAUGUGGACGACUAUUGUACAAGUUUUGCCACUGUUGAGGAAGCGCAAAAGAUUUCGCACCAGGUGCGCGAAAUUCAUCGGCAUGGUGGAUUUGAGCUACGCAACUUUUGCUCAAAUGAUUUGAACGUUUUACGCUUCUUAGGUGAGCAAGAAAUAAACACAGUGAAGAAUCUAAAUCCUCCAAAGGAAGUAACAACCGAGCGUGUUCUUGGAAUCCUUUGGGAGUCAGAACGGGAUCAGCUUCUUUUUCCAACAACAAUGCCGCAUAGAUUGACGCAGCUGAUCGAAACAGGAAGUAAGCCCACCAAGCGCCUUAUACUGAAAUGCGUUAUGACACUUUUCGACCCAUUGGGGCUGUUAGCCUCUUACCUGGUCUUCGGGAAAAUGCUCAUCCAGGAAGUGUGGAGAAAAGGUUUUGGUUGGGACGAUGAGGUCGAUGAGGAAAUUUUCUCUCUGUGGAAAAAGUGGACUGACAUGUUGGGCCAUAUCAACAAGAUCCGGAUUCCUCGAAGUUAUUUCGAUGAGGCAGCAAAAACCGUAGAGCUGCACACCUUUGUAGACGCCAGCGAAAGCGCCUGUGCUUGUGUCUGCUACUUCCGCUUCGUGAAUUCGUUUGGGAAAGUACAGGUUGUACUGAUUGCGGCCAAGAGCAAAGUUGCCCCACUUAAACCAUGGUCCGUGCCUCGUUUGGAGCUUCAAGGCUGCUUGAUGGGCGCACGCUUAGCUCGUUUCGUCCAAGAAGGUCAUUCCUUGUGCAUCACCAAACGUACACUAUGGACCGAUUCCAGGACGGCGAUAAGUUGGAUAAAUGGAGAUCCUCGCAAAUAUACGCGGUUCGUAGCCUUUCGGCUUACCGAAAUAACGGAACUUACAAACGGGAAUGAAUGGAGAUGGGUGCCGUCCCGCCAGAACCCUGCCGACGAAGCAACGAAAUGGAGUAAGUCAUCGUCCUCAUCUUCGAAACAAAGCCUCUGGUUCACGGGUCCCGCGUUCUUGUCACUUCCUGAAGAAGAAUGGCCGGAACAAAGAGUGGCUCCAGAAAAUGAAACUGAUGUCGAGCUACGUAGCAGUUACUUCCAUCGUGAAAUUGUUACAGGAUGUAUUAAAAGAGAAGAACUCCAGUUAGCAGAAAAUACACUUUUAAAAAUGACUCAAUGGGAGGCGUUUCCUGAUGAAAUGGUCAUAUUGACAAAGAACCAGAAAAGCUCGCCAAAUAGUGGCUUACAAGUCGCCAAAAGCAGUAGUAUUUACAAACUUUCUCCACGAAUCGAUGCUGGUGGUCUGCUACGAAUGGACAGCAGGAUCGGAGUAGCACGCAAAGUUCCUGACGAUAUGAAAUAUCCGAUUUUACUACCCAAGAAUAACUACGUUACAUUUUUGUUAUUGUUUGAUCUACACUGCAAAUUUAAUCACGCCAAUAAUGAGACUGUAGUCAACGAAGCCAGACAACGUUUCUACAUACCAGCAUUGCGACAACAAAUCAAAUUGGUCCGAAAAAAAUGUCAAUUCUGUAAAGUCUACAAAAGCCAACCAAUAGCCCCCAGAAUGGCUCCCCUCCCUGCGGCCAGGUUGUCACCUCAAGUUCGCCCUUUUACCUACGUAGGCCUGGACUACUUCGGACCCCUUCUGGUUAAAGUUGGCAGGAACCGUGUGAAAAGGUGGGUGGCCCUGUUCACCUGCCUUACCAUAAGGGCUGUUCAUUUGGAGGUAAUUUUCAAUUUGUCUACUGAAUCCUGUAUUUUGGGAAUACGCCGUUUCAUAAGUCGCAGAGGGGCUCCUGUAGAAUUUCAUACAGAUAACGGAACUAAUUUCCAAGGUGCAGAAAGAGUGCUACGGGAACAAAUAAACGCGGGGCUCGAAACGACGUUCACCAACACAACAACAGCUUCCCGCAUAGUAAGAUACUAUACUCAGAAUCUUCAGAAUGAUUCAUCUCUGAUAACAUUUAUGGUACUGCUUCGAAUUGCGCCUUUGAUAAAUGUGCUCUUGCUAGAAAUAGCUUAA